AAAUUUAAAGGGGUCUGAAUGCUUUCCGUACCCACUGUAUGUCGGAACAAGCAACAGUUCUUGUCAUUGGGUUGUUUAGAGCUCGGUCCUCUUGGCUGCAGCUCCUCGGUUGUUUACAUCCACCGCCGUGGCUACAGGCAGCCAUUUUAAACAAGGUAGCAAAGCACGGACGAGGAGCGGUGGAGCUCUGAGCCAGUAACUGUCAAGACCUCAUAGUUUCCCCUGCUCCCGGUUUAAUGGAGCAUGUGAGGGCCAAGGUGCGCUGCCCCGGCCCCAGCCUAGGCUUUGUUCAAAUGGGCUCCCGUCCUUCUCUGAUGGGCACCGUGGAACAAUAAGCCUAAGGUGGAGCAGCUGAAGAAAGCAUUAGUGUGAGACCCCUCCUGCAGGUUGCCAUUUCAGCCUCACUGCCCUCCGUUUGCUUCAACAGUAAGACAACCUCUUUUCAUGACCUAUUACAAUAGUGAUAAACCCAUUUUGUGCCUCAAGUUGUGGCGCUGAAAUUCAGUGUAAAUGCACAACCGAUGCCUCGGUGUAGCAUUCACACCUUCAGGUGUAAAUGCGCCUUUGGAGGCUCCAGCUAGCGGUCUGCUGAUCCCUCCCUGUGCGACCGGUCAACGUUUGUUUGUUUUUUUUACAACAUAUCCAUCCCCUGGUGGGCUGCGGUCUUGGUUCUGUUGGCCCACAGUCGCAGAUUCCAGACACAAUCCAAACGAAGCUUCCCUUCUCGGUGAAGAGUGAAAGCCCAGCUGUAACCCAAACUGUUUGGUUUGGAGGAUGUUGGGAACUGAAUGGAAGCAGACUCUUUGUGUAGCGCAAGGCCUGUUGUUUUGGAACCACUAUUGGUGGGGAUAAUGCCCAGAUUUCACAGAUCCGUGGUAUCACUGUUAAAAACCACAUCCAGGCUUGGUACUAAUGAGGUUUCUGACUCAGGAAGACACAUUUCUCCUUCACUUUCUCUGCUUGCUCUAUGCUGGCAUUUUUCUCCAAACUCCGCUCGCUGAAAUCCAUUGUUGUUCGCCGCACGGCCCGCUGUCCUCGUGAUAUCAGUAUUUCAAUUCAUUACAAAUACCAAGUUUAUUAUCCAUUUAAAUAUGCUGAACUAUGAUACCACUUCAAGCAAGUCAAAACAUGAAGCAUUUGAAGAUAUUUGUAGCCAACGUUGGUCCCGGGGCCUCGCUGUCGGUUGUUUGUUUGUGGCAACAAUGAAAUGCUGCGCUUUCAGUCAAAGUAUUGAACAAAGCUGUUGUUAAAUCUUUUGGGGCAAGUCAAAUCUCAAGGCUACAUUAGCAAAUUGUAAGAUCUAAGUCUUUCAGAUCUCUGAAUACUUAUAAUUAAAAGCGCACGUCACUUCAACAUUUUCCUUUCAAAGUGGUAGGCUCCACGGACGGCGAGAUUCAUUUCAACAACUAUUGAAUUGAUUAGUGAAAUGUCUCAUAACUCUUGAAUUGUCACAACAUUUGGUACAGGCAUUCAUGUACCCCUCAGGAUGAAUUGUAUUGCAACCCGGUAACUUUUCCAUUUUUCUUUUUUUUUGUUUGUCCAAAACUUUGGUUUAUGGGCAAAUACCUGUGAUGACAUUGACCAUAGCUGUACCUUGUGUUUAGUGCUAAUCAAAUUAGCAUGCUAACACAUGGAACUAAGAUGGUAUGGUAAACCUUAAGUAAACAUCAGCGUGUUUGCAUGGUAGCCUGUAGCGCAAAGCACCACUGCAUCGACUAUUGGCCUUCUUACAAACCUGAGCCAGCGUUAUUUACAGUUUGUUUUGGUCAAGGCUUAAGACUUAAAUGUUUUAUUUUCCCUCUAGUUUAAGUCUUUAGGCGGGGCCAUGUCAAGUAUUGUGUCACAGCAAUCAAAUUCAAACCAAGUCCUGUUUUUUGUCUGGAGUUUACAGCUCAGGUAUUAAGCUUGAUAACAGUUUGCAUUAGAAAUAAAACGGUAAUGAAACGUGCAUCACCCAGCAGACUACAGAGAGCAAAAAAAAUAAAAGAAUACCCAGGAAAUGUGCAGGUGCUUCCAACACAUUGCUUUAUCACUGUCUACUCUGUGCCCAGUCUGCCCAGCACGCGGGCUCGGCUCCGUUGUGUUCUCAUGUCGAUUAGCCAAAAGCGUGUCUGGUGGCGCCACUUCCGCCUCUCGCUUCCUCACUGGAGUACCAUCUGCAGCUCUCUGCCUCAGUGUUUGCUUCACACUCCCAAUCCCAUUCAGAUGUGAGUGCCAAAACAAUCAGAUAGGACGACAUUGACAUGAAAACUCUGAGGUUGAAUUUGUGAGUCUAAUCCCCCCCCCCCCCCCUUUGCCGCCCUGCAUCCUGGUAAACAGAUUUUGAAGAUGAGUUUGUUGAGUGGCAUCUUCUUCGCCAUGCAAGGCCACAGCCCCGCGGGGGGGAAAUAAACAACGGUACCUCGGAGUGAAGAUGAUGACAAGUCUAUAUUAGGAUGAUCUUUCCAUCGCUUUUUUCAAAUGAUUUCGUUUAUAUUUUUGAGCCUGGAUUGGUUUGUGGAUGGUAUGGAUGUGUAUCUGCAGCGAACUGCCAGUUAUCACAUUUGACAUCGCAAAUUGACUGCCAUCAGUCUGCAGAUAGGAGUCGCUUCACCCACAAAAGUGUGGGAAUGAAAGAGGCAUAUUUUCCAUCAACACCUUUUUUUUAUUUUUUAUUUUUUUUAAAGAUUUUUUGCUUAUUUAGGCAAUUCUGUGUUCCACAGCUCACGUCAAACUCGGGGCCAUGAUUCGCUCAACAUACUCUUGAGAGGCAAACUGAAAUUGCUUCGAUCAAUCCUUGAUCAUUUUUAUGUGGAGGGUUGUGACGGGGGGGGGGCGGCAGAUAAAAUGGAACAGCUCACCUGAAAUCAGUCCUGACACACAGUGACAUCAGCAUCACCCUGCCUCAUCUCUGGGUCUUUAUUGUAACAGAAGAAUACAUUCAGAGUUGGUUUCGCUGCCCGUGUGGAGUAAACCCCUCUUGAACUAUUGUCAUAAUUCAUAAAACAUUGCACAGCUGGAGGCGAGAUGCUAUUGACUUCAUGCUGAAUAAGGGACACACAAAUGGAUUCUGUUCCGUCAUUGUGAAGGAUGGCCACUGGUGGGAAGACAUAAUUCUGAAAAACAUGGAUUAAAAUAAUAAUUUUUAUCUAGGGAAUGUAAUGUUGGUCCGUCAGUCAACCACUUCAUCACCGCGGUCCAUGCUGACAUCGAUUAGAUGGACUGCCAUGACAUUUCUGUAUGUACAUGCAUGAUCCCCUCAUGAUUAAGCCCACUGAUUUUAAGUAAUCCCCUGACCACCAUGAGUCAAAUGUUCGACUGGAUGGAUUGCCAUGACCUUUGGAAUGAACAGCCAGGGGUACCACAUGAUGUAUCCUAAUAUGUAGAUCCACAAAUAUACAACAAACAUAACUCAAAGCACCACUCUGCUUUAUUGCAGCCUCACAGGGCUGCUGGCAUGGCUGUGGAUCUUUUUUUUUUUUUACCAGUAAUAAUUUAGUUCCAGCUUAAAACUUUCAGCUAUUUUUCAUGUAUUCUGUUACAUUUUCUAUAUUUUUUUCUAAAUUAUAGAGGUAUUUCACUUGAAAAGGAAACUGCCAGCAGCAGGCAUUUACCAGUAUACUGAAUGCGAAAUUAAGAGAAAUUUUAAGACCAUGAGUAAAUCGGCAUUCAAAAUGUCACAUCUCUACAUUAUUAUGACUCACAGAAAGGAGCUGAAUUAAUCAGGUUGUGUGUAACUCUUUUCGGUAUAACCUUGCAUGCCUCAGAUUUGAUUCACUGUGCCCGUUAAAUAUUGAAACAAAAGUACAUCCGUGUAAUGACCUCUAACUUUUACAUUUCAAUGUAACUUGCGACCCAGACGGAGAAGUCAAGGUAAUGUGAUAUUUAAUAAAUGAACAACAGGACUGUUCUUUUUUUUCUUUCUUUCUCCCCCUCCCCAAAGUCUUCAGGUCAUUGUAGAUGGAUGUGUCUCAAAUUAUAUUUUAUGAUUAGGCUAAUUGAAGUGGCCAGUCGUAUUUUAAUGUCCGUGACAGGCGGCUUUACUGCCUCCUUUUGAGUCGCAUCGUGGAAGGACAAGCAGAUCCGUCAUUACUCAAGGCCUCAGCGUGAUCUCAUUUUCUACUUGCUACUCAAACAACCUUUGGAUUCAGUGAAGUUUCAGGUCUCACUGGCAGUUUUCAAUAAGAAAGGGGCGGAGAGCAAAGACAUUACAUUUCUGUGUCUGAUUAACCUGAAGGUUGUCUCAUUCAUUGCUGUUUAAAAGCUCGGGUACAUAUAUCACUCUUACAUCCCUUUACAGAUUUGGGAUGAACAUUAAAUACAGACCGAUGCAUAAUGAGGAAAACAACGAGCCGAGAACUUUCGCUGUUUAUGAUAACUAAUAAGAGAUUCAGCUUAAUUAUUAUAUUAGUUUGUUUAUCAAAUAAUUAAUUAUCUCCAUCACGUUAUAGCUUGUCUCGACAAGAACAUUCCGUGCACCCGUCCGUUCAUGCUUUGGGCAGCGGUGUUGCUUUAUGUUCCCCGUGGUUGUGAUUUGAUAUGAGAUUCACUAGACAAUUUCCAGUUUAUUACUGCUGUGUCCAGGCAGUCCCUGAUAAGAUUAACCAAUGUCUAUGAAUCAUUGCUGGAGAGUAUUUGAGGCGCCGGUCAGCGGCUGAACGUGCACGUCCAGGAUUGAGUGAGAGCAGUGCAGUGCCCUUGUGAUAUGAGCAACACUUUACAAAGACUGCCCCCUGACUACUGAUCCUCGGCUGCCUGGAGGACGUUGUGUUUCUAUUCUGGUAUUUGCCGCGGUUUGGAUCGAGCGCACAAGGGUGUGAUGAUCUCUGAUCUGUGGAAAGGGCGUUGAUGUGCCUGUGGGGAAAACGCUCUCCGGCCCCAAACCCAAUUUCCACUAAAAGAUUGAGGAGGCCAACGUGCUCCGGGCGAGGCGCUGAACUCCCUUUCUUUUCUCGUCUUGUCUUUUAAUCGCAUCGCGCUUUUAAUUCUUUCAUGGACGAGUCUCGGACCCUUUUUUAAACAUUUCAUGAAGAGCGGGGGAGAUAAGAGAGCCGUGAUUGCCGCUUUGGUCCCCGGAAUCUCUGCAGCAUGCUGCAUUUUUUUAGUGGAGGCCUUUGUUUCACUAUAACACUUCUGGUAAUUGUGCGAAGGGAGGUGUUGACUUUGACUGAUGGUUUACCCUUCCAACAUUUACACACAUACACACACGGACGCAAGACUUGAUGAAUUAUGUAUCGGCGCGCUUGAAACAAACUAAUCAAUAUAAAAUGUCUCGCGUCCGUAUUGACCAGAAAUGUGGUUGGUACACAAGGGCCACGAGGAAGAAAACACAUUGCAUUGAGGUACACAAUGUGAGUUACUAAUGGCUAAAUGUGUUGCAUACAAUCAUGUUUUUCUGUGUGCAUAAUUGUUCAUCAUUGGUGGUCUCUGGGUGCUUUCACUUCUCUAGUUGGGUCUAUUUGGUCCGACCCGAAGGGAAAAAUGAUACAUUGUUGCUGUUCACAUUGACUUUUUACAUAAUCGAACCAAGAGGAGCAAACAUGUAGAGUGACAGGUACUUUGUUGAUUGUUCCCUUUUGGCUAUUGUCGUCCGGCAUCAUCAUGGAGCAACGUUGGGAAAUCAAAUUCCGGAGACUGACAGAAGUUUGUGCAGAAUUUAAAUGCUUUAAUAACUAGAUUAUAAGCAUUUUUAGUAUUGUUAGACUGCAAAUCGACCGAAUGUUGUGCGGAGUGAUGGUAGAGAAAGGGGUGUACAAAAGCCCCUUUGCACUCUCCCAGAUGACUGGUGCGAACGGCGGGGAGCGCACGGACAUUAUGGCUGUAAUGGAGAACAGCUUCCGACCUAUUGAUCAGGGAAAAUGCCAGCGUUGACGUGCUUACAGGUCCGUUAUAAGAUUGCUUCCUGAACAGAUUUCAUGAUCAGCAGUUGGAUUUAUUCGUAGCUUAGCUUUUUGAAAUCAUGCUAAAAUAACAUAUCUGCUGUCAUAAAAUCCCGUGGUUGAGUCGUCGCAAACAAACCCGGACCGGCGGUUGUUCGGUCCGCGUCAGGGUUUGAUUGACAGCUUUCACACCAGCCCACAUGAACCGUGCUAACCAAGUUUAUUUGAACCAAACUGAGCGGUUUAGGCACUAGUGAAGCACCACAGAGCAGCUUUAAUCCACCUAUAUAUAGAUGGAUGGAUAUCAGAUCUGUGUAUCCAUGUUUACAUCAUGCUCGCCUUGUCUCCGUCAGCUCGGCUUUACGGAUCUAAUCCUGAGGGGUGAAAGUGUCGUUCAUGCAGUCUGUGUGGGCUGUUGCCUGUGAUACAGAUAAACUGUCUCAAAUCAAUAAGCUUCUGCGCCCCCGCCCCCCCAUUUUACCUUCGAAAGGUCAGAGGCGGCCGAGUCUUUUAACUCCUCAUUGUUUAGUGUGUGUCGUGUCCAGCUCUAAUGAUCUGGCUGGCAACACCUCAGCACCAGCAGGCCUUCUUCUCUUUGAUUGGCUCUGAGAUUUCUUGGAAGAUGGAUGCGUCUAUCGUCCUUGACUGGUUUGCAAUAUGCGCUGCCAUACCCUCCUCCUUCUAGCCUGCAUUUCGAAUUGCUGUUCUCUGUUUGAUGGCAGGCAAUUACAGGAGAUUGUUUUUCUUUUGUUGAACACGCCGGUCGGCACGGUGCCCCUUUCCUUCUUGGAAAGGAAGUGCCCCUUUUUUUUUUUUCUCUACUUGAAAGAUGCGCAUAUAGCUUGUAGACGAGCACUAUUUGACUUAGCAAGCACAAUGUUUGAUUGGAAGGUUUAAGAGUGAAUACAGUCCAAACGUGUUGGCAGUCGCAUGUAAUUAGUUGUCUCUGCUGUGUAUAAUCUUCAGACGUUUGGAAAGAAUAAUUAUUGUUUAUAUUGAUGGUUGGGUGUCUUGUGUUGAACACAGCUGGCCGUCGUAGUUUGCUUUUUAUUUACUACUUGUUGCAGAGUUGUCGAGAGGAAUAUGUGUGUUUUUUAGAGCUUGAAGAAACGGAAACAAUUUCACAACACAAUUCUCUUUUUAGCAGCUCUGUGUUGUUGUGGUGUAUUUGCUGUAAGAAGGUGAUAAUGAUGCAACUUUAACACCGAAUAGUUCAGCUAAUUAUGCAGGUUAUUUGAUAAGACGCAUUUAAUUAAAAUGUAUUUCAUGGGAGAAAAAAAACAACAAAAUCAGUCCUGAUUCCAGAGAAACAAUGAUGGGUUUAACCUGGAGCUGAAGAUAUUUCCUUAUCAUAACUCAAUAGUUUUGCACUCCCAUCCUCUGCUCGCUGAAAUGACUGUUUUGCCUUUUUUUUGAUCAGGAGAUGCGAAGAGCGGAGGAUGCGAGAGAGAUGAUGUAUAGCGAUAUAGAUAUAGUAAUGAGUGAUGGCGGAAUGAGAGGUACGGAUAGCCGGAGGAGAAUGACCUUGGCGUCCAACAUUCAUAUUUGAAGAUGUGGGAAAUAAUCAGCAUGGGCUCUCAGCGCUCAGCAGCACAGCAUGCCCCUGAUGACUGCGCCGCAAACAAUGAGCUUCACUGACGCAGAGGAGUGUGUUUCAGAGAUGUGCUUCAGUUUCCUCUCUUUUUGGUGUGCUCUCUUCUUCUUUUUUCCUCUUUUUUUUGAGUGCUAUCCAGAGCCUGCAGCGGCCCUUUUGCCAGUGAAGAGGCCGCUCAUUAAAAAUGGCCACCGUCAAAUAUCAUCCCAGGGAAAAAAACCAAGCUCUUCCUGUGAUGUUUGUUUGUUUUGAAUACCACAUUAGAAUCUGUGCCCAGUCUGGAGGCGGGAAGUCAAUAUCAAAGUUACAAAUUCAGUUGACAAAGCACUGUAUGUAGUCGAGCGGUGAUUGCCUAAAAAGUUCCAGCAGUGAUCAGCAGGAACACACCAACCAAUCGCCUUCAGACUUUCUGGCUUAUUGAUAUUUAUGUGGCUCACAGCGAGCGUGAUUUUUGUUCGAUAAUCAAAAAGCGUGCAUGCAGGAUGUUGGCAGCGGGAAUAUAGACGUCAUGGCGCUCUGCGGCAUUAGCAGUCACCCCGUCCCUGUAACAUGCAGCAGUUGGAAAUGGCAUUUGUGACAUUCACUGAGUGAGAGUGAUAUAUUCACCUCGGCCGGCUCGUCCAGCCCUCACCAGAGCAGACAGCUGCUAGAAAAGCUAUGUGCACAAACAUUGUCGCACCGUCAACAACUCGCUGUGGCCGUGCUGCAUGGCUUUUUUAUUACCCCAGAAUGGAGUAAGGAUCCAGCGAUACAGGGGUCAUGGUUUAUUUAGACAUUCAGACGGUUGCUGUGUGCUUUUGUUUUUAUAUCUCGGAAAUAGGCAAAGUAUUCUUCCCUCUUUAUCUCGCUGCACCGCGGUAGAUCCGCUUUAACCCACGCCAGAGUGCUGCGAAGAUGUGGCAGAAGGCUAUUACUUCCUGACGUAUUGCAAUGCACAUGUCAUUUAACAAUUCAUUCAAAUGAUGGACAGGGACGCAUUACCACAUUUAGCUUGUCACAGAGGGCGUUCCGUAAUAUUUUCUGCUCCUCGCUCUGUAUAAGUUGAGAAGAUGGCAACUGCUGCCUUUCCCGACGUGGAAGCCUGAUGCCAGAAACAUUAUUUACUGUCAGCGUGCCGCUCGGAGAGUGCAGCCCAGCCACCUCCUGCAACAGGGAAAACAGCUGCUCACCUACAGCUGCAAAGUAGCCUUCAAGCCUCAAAUGAUCACACCAGCGGUUUGCAUAACUUUUACAAAAUACAGCAUUGUUUAAAAGUAUUUGGAUUGUUUUCCCUCCUACUGGGGAACCAUCGGUUUCCAUUCGUUUCCGCUUUUGGAAAUCAACUUAAACUUGGCUUGAAAUCAGUAAUCCAUCACAGUGAGCAUUUCAUUGCCUUGAGUGUUUGUCAGAGUUACCACUUCCCCCACUCUGCCCUACUGCUGCAUUCGUUACUGCCCCUGAGCUAUGCCUCAGGACUCCAAACCAUUCAUAGACUGCUUCGCUCUGUUAUCAUAUCGGUCUAAAAUCUGAGAGCCGACUCUUUCCAUGUUUACUUUAUCCAGGAGACGAUUCUAUUUAUCAGCAACAUGUGCUGUGCUGGGAUGUGGGAUGUGGUACGGCUGUCUACGGAUGACGUCAAGGAACGGCAUGCUCCAAGAUGGAAAUAAGUCCUAGACUGACUUCGUUGUGUUAUCCAAGACGAUGCCCCAUACUUUGGCAUUUGUUUGGAAUUUCGUCUAAAAAAACAAAACUAGAAUGCCCUGCUUCCUGGUGCUGACACUGAUGCAGACAUCCAAUCUGCAACAGUGUGGUGUAGUAGUCGAUGGUUAAUGUUGCAGCUCAGACUGCAUAUGCAGUCUGUCUGGUGUGUUUAAGGACCCUCUAAAUUAAACACCACUCUUUUUAAUGUGUGACUAAAUUCACAAUAUCCAGCACUCAUUUCUCCUCAUUUUCUCAUGAACGCAGCGGUUUUUUUUUUUUUUUUUUUAGCAGCCAGGUCUCAAAUGUCAUGUCUCGUGUCCUUGACCACACGCCAGCAAGGAGAGUUUUCAAAAUGGUCCCUGCUCUCAACACGCAUUAUCACAGAACAAUAGCAUAGCUUCGGCUUUGUUCACUGUGACGGAUGAGCUAUCCCAAGCAUGUUCCAAGACUCUGCAGUUUUAUAGUCGAUUUGAAGUACAUGUUAACUGAUGGCUCCCUUGAAGAUAGAAAAUCAAUAUGAACUGUGAACAUUUGCCCAUUUGAAAAUACAUAUUUCUGCCAAGAAAGCAAACACACCCAUUGUUAUAUAUUGUAUUUCUUGCAUCAACUACAAUCUGUGAAUUUAAGCUUAAAUGAAUAGACAAGAAAUGAAUAGAGAGAUUUGUAUGGGACUUGGGAGGUGAUGUUGAGAGAUGAUCCGGGACUUCUAAUGAGACAUAAUGCUUUCUCCACUGCCAACUGCUGCUGCUGCUGCUGCUGCAGAUCUCCUGCCGUGCCUGAAGGACGUCGGAGCACCCUGCCAUGUCCACCAUCUCCUCACCCGUCCUCCCUCCUGAUCACCCUGUAAUUGGUAAAUCUGGCAUUUAAUCAGCGCUGUGAUAGCUGCAGAGACCUGGUAGCAUAAAUAGAGAAGAGAGGAGGUAAAGAUAGGAAUAUUGCUAUUGGAGGGGGGGGGGGGCUCUGUAUGUAGAGCAGGUCGUCCUUUAACCACAAGGUUGGCGGUUUGAUCCGCAGCUCCUGCUGUCCGCAUUUCCCACUGCUCUGAGAAAAGCUUAGGGUCGGCUGAAUGCAGAGGUCAAAUUUCAUGUAUGAACAUCAUGACGAAGUUUAAGUCUCCAUCGAGCCGCUGCAGAGCGCUGAUUGACUUGGCAAUGGCUGGAUCGGGGCUUGCCAGGCUUGCUGUAUUGCAGUAGAUUGACGGUGAGCAAGUAAGAAAGGGAGAAACCAUUAAGAGAGCUCCAUUGCACUCGCAGCUCAAGAGAGAGCAGCCAUUGUAUUUACAAGCCAAGUGUGUAUGUAUGCAUGCGCUCUCCCAUCCCUCCCUCCCUCCCUCCCGCUCCUCCACCAGAGGAUCAAGAAGGUGUGUAGCGCUGCGUCCACAGAGAGUUCUCAACACCGCCGUGCAUUUUACCGCUUGUAAAGCAAUCAUUUCCACCCCUUCAUUUCCCUCUCUCUAUCCCCCUCACUCCCCACCCUCCAGCUUCUGGGACUGCUGAGUCAGCUCACCUUCAUAUGGAGAGUGGCUCCCUCAACCGAGACAUUAUUGAUUUGCCCCUGGUUGUAAGGGGGAAAUGUUCCCAAACCUCUCAGGCCAAUUUUGCUGCGCUGCACAGGGAGCACCGCUGGGCAUUGGGAUUGAGAGGGGAGAGAAAAACAUAAACAUUACUACCAUCACACACACACACACACGCACACACACAUACACGCAUACAAGCACUCAGGCAAAAGGGGAGGAAAGUAUGAACACCAACAUAAUGACACACAUGGACAGAGAGGCACAUCCCGGCACAAAUACAGAAUUACAUACACGUAUAAGUGGUGCAUCAGUUGUUUGGCAGCAGCUGUGUGAAUGCUGCCUUUGUUUGUUUGUGUGUGCGUGUGGUGAACACACCAGAAACACGACUAGCAUGCUGCCGAGAUCUAUAGUGCUAAUGAUCUGGUCAUUCCAACAUAUAAGCUUCAUACCAAGGCAGCAGAUUGUCUCUCUCUCCUGUUUUCUCUCUAUCUCACCACUACCAUACUGGUGGUAGUAUUCUCACACACACACUCACGCCGAGAGCACAUUUUACUAGAGCACACUCUUUACUUGAAUGUGGGCCCGGGCCAGUGAGCUACAUCAUUGCUUCAUUUGGAUCAAACUCCAGAGCUCAGGAGUCAUUUAUCUGCAUAGUGUGUGUGUGUGUGUGUGUGUGUGUGUGUGUAUCUAACCUUCAGGCAUCCCACUCUUCGCCACUGGGAGAAAUCAAUGCCAGCGCGUAGAACAAAGAGAAAACCCUCCUCCGACUUCACCAAGGCCUGCCCCUGUUAUUCCCUCUGAGAGGAAGAGGAAGUGAUGUCACGCCACCACCACCGCUUUGAGAGGGACUACCGGGGACCCUGGGAGCGGAGAGACAUCCGUCCGUCCGGCCUCCACAACGGCGGAGCCAAUCACAGCUGUGCCUCUGCCGUUGUCAAUGGCAACAACCGUCCGGGGCUCCUCCCCCUCCCGGUCAUCCCCUCCCUCCUCCCCACCCCGGUCACAGUUGCCGUGACAACAUCAAGUAACGACAUCGCGGUCAAGCGAGGCAUCCCGUCGGUGGCUUCAGCGUCUGCCAAGGUCUCCGGUCUGUCUCCUGGAGACAGCCAGACCCCAGGACUGCUGCUGGCUCCAGGGGUGAGGUGGGGACAGACGCCCAUCAACCAGCUCACACCCUGGGAUACGGACGAGCCCCCCGCCAAGCAACAUCGAGACAGCGAGCCCACCGGUCCUGCCUGGGCUGCACCAGUAGCGGCGGUGAGCCAGUCCAGCCUGCUGCCCCACACCUACGGCCUCCCCCAGCCGCCCUCCUUUAGCCACAGUGUGACCGCGCAGUCACCCAUCAUAGGAGUAACCCCGUCCAUCCAGGCACCGGUGCCCCCGCAUCACCCACUCAUGACAGCCCACUUCCAGCUGACGCCGCAGUCGACCCAGCAGCCGCCCUCCAUGGUGCUGAGCAUGCCCAGCCAGCCUCAGUACGCCUCCGCUCAGCUGUCCGCCCAAGCUAACCACGUGGUUCAUCCAAACCCUCACAGCGUGAUGGGCAACGGCCACUUAACCUCUCACCCCGGCCUCAUUCAGCACCCCGCCUUGCCUCUGACCAAUGGACAGGCAGCGGCGGUGGCGGCGGCGGCGGCAGCGGUGGCACAUGCUCAGCCCACAGCCGGAGACAAUCAGGACGGUCCUAACGGGCUGCAAAUGCUGCGGACAGUCGGGAUGGGGAAGUACGAGUUCAGUGACCCGGGACAUCCUAAAGAGAUGUUGAAGGAGUUGAACCAACAGCGCAGAGCGAAAGAGUUUACAGACCUGAAAAUUAUUGUUGAAGGCAAAGAGUUUGAAGUCCACCAAAAUGUUCUAGCUUCCUGCAGCUUGUAUUUCAAGGACCUGGUGAAAAGGUCAUCGGGGGAGACGAGGAGCAGUGAGACGCUGGAGCUGAAGAUGAGCAACAUCAGCGCCGACGUGCUGGAGCUGCUGCUCGAGUUCGUCUACACGGGAUCGCUGGUCAUCGACUCGGCCAACGCCAAGACGCUGCUGGAGGCCGCCAACAAGUUCCAGUUCAACACUUUCUGUAAAGUCUGUGUCUCCUUCCUAGAGAAACAGUUGACUGCAGCUAACUGUCUGGGAGUGCUGGCCAUGGCUGAAGCCAUGACUUGCACCGAACUCCAUAACAUGGCUAAAGCUUUUGCACUGCAGAACUUCCCUGAGGUGGCAGGACAGGAAGAGAUUUUGAGUGUGUCCAAGGAGGAUCUGGUGGCCUACCUGUCCAACGACAGCCUCAACACCAAAGCUGAGGAGCUGGUCUACGAGACGGUCAUCAAGUGGAUCAAACAGGACCCCAACUCCAGAGUGCAGACUUUGUCAGAUCUGUUGGCGGCGGUGCGCCUCCCCUUCAUCCACCCGUCCUACCUGCUGAACGUGGUGGACAACGAGGAGCUGAUCAAAUCGUCGGAGGCGUGCCGCGAUCUGGUCAACGAGGCCAAGCGCUACCACAUGCUGCCCCACGCGCGGCAAGAGAUGCAGACGCCCAGGACCCGGCCGCGGCUCUCCGCUGGUGUAGCGGAGGUGAUAGUUCUGGUGGGAGGGCGCCAGGCGAUCGGGAUGAGCCAGCGCUCCCUGACAGCAGUCACCUGUUUUAACCCCCAGAGUAGUAAGUGGUACCCGCUGGCCAGCCUGCCCUUCUACGACCGCGAGUUCUUCAGCGUCAUCUCGGCGGGAGACAACAUCUACCUGUCGGGGGGCACAGAGUCUGGUGUGAUGUUGGCUGAUGUAUGGUGCUACAUGUCCCUGCUGGACAACUGGAAUCUGGUGUCCCGGAUGACCGUGCCCCGCUGCAGACACAACAGCCUGGUAUACGACGGCAAACUCUACACCAUCGGAGGACUGGGCGUGUCAGGGAACCUGGACCACGUGGAGAGGUACGACACCAUCACCAACCAGUGGGAGACGGUUUGUCCUCUUCCCAAGCCGGUCCAUUCUGCGGCAGCCACGGUGUGCGGAGGGAAGGUCUACGUGUUCGGAGGCGUGAACGAGGCCGGCCGCUCGGCGGGUGUCCUCCAGUCCUACGUACCGCGGAGCAACACGUGGAGCUUCAUCGAAUCCCCCAUGAUAGAUAACAAAUACGCCCCUGCAGUGAGUCUAAACGGUUUAAUAUUCAUCCUGGGAGGAGCCUACGCUCGAGCCACCACUAUCUACGACCCAGACAAAGGCAACAUCAAGGCUGGUCCCAACAUGAAUCACUCUCGGCAGUUCUGCAGCGCUGUGAUCGUGGACGGGAAGGUCUACGCCACAGGAGGCAUCGUGAGCAGCGAGGGUCCGGCCCUCGGCAACAUGGAGACCUUCGACCCCUGCGCCAACACUUGGACGCUCCUGCAGUCGCUGCCCUGCCCGCUCUUCAGACACGGCUGCGUGGUCAUCAAGAAGUACAUUCAGAGCGGCUGAGGGAGGGAGGGGGGCCUCGGACCCGGACCCGGACCCGGUCACACCGGGUCGACAGCGAACACCAGCUGAGCUCCGGGUGUGGGACGAUGUGCGACGGCAGCUUAGGGCCAGGGGGGGCGGCUGUCAGUCCACGACCUCUGGACUUGACGCCAGCAUCCAUCCGCUCUGUUACUUGUCCCGCCUCCCAAAAAAAAAAACAAGCCCUGUGCAGAAUGUACUCAUGUUCAACUACUCAGCCAUGUCAGGUGACGAUACCUAACCUCCAGUACUGUAUGUGUCAUGGUGGUAGUUCAUCCUCUCAUCCAACAGGCACAGGGGUCCCUCUUAGUAAACUACAAAGUCCUUGGUUCUUUCAAUGAAGUCAUUGUUUCAGUUCUGUCGUCUCCAGAUCUCUGUAAACCAUAUUCCUUUAGUAUACUCGGGCUCAGCGCACUGAAGAUCCACAUUUGUCCCUUUUUCAGAAUUACGUUCAACAGGCGUCGGUCAUUCAUUAGUUUCUUUGUGGUGUAUAAACAUUUUCAUUUAGUCGUGACAUCUACAGGACAGGAGGACACGUGAAGGAAAGGAUUCCACCGAGUGUGUUCCUCUCUGUCAGUGCGUGAGGAGCUUCUCCUCUCUCUCUCUCUCUCUCUCCCUCUACUGUGUCGGGAGGCGGGAUUCCUACAGAGUGUGGAUUUAUGAGCUAAUUUCAAAACCAGAUUAUGAACUCUGUGUAACCCAGUUCUUUUAACGACCUGCUAAACAUCGGUAAACCCAUUAUAUCUGGGUCAGGUAGGGUUUAAAGAGAAAAUCUGUAUGUUUUCUUUGUUCUUGUGAAGUUUCAUCUGGAGGAUGAGUGGCUUGUCUUCUCCUCCCCUGGAUUCACACUCGCAGCUCUACAUCGAGAGAGCGAGAGCGAGAGCAAUCCUCAUUUCCGCUGACCUCUGAUCAGAUGUUCAAGUUGGGACAGUUCCUCCAGGAAAAAAAGCACAAUAAUCACCUGUGACUGUUAUCGUAGUUAUCUGUUGAUCCCUGCUUUAAGUCUCAUGUUUCCACCUUCUUUUUGUUUUAUACAACGUGGUUCAUUGCAACCCUCAAGUGUUUCGGGGUUGGUGUUCGUGUAAAUACAGGAAGGAAAAAUGUAUAUUUUAAAAACCUGAAGGCAAUUCUGUAUAAAUGUUUUUAGAAAAAAAGCAAACUGAUAGGUUGGAUUCAAAAUGGUAUGUCUGUAAAUCUGUACCCAAAAAGGAGAAAUUACCAAUUAUUAUUGAAAACUAAUACAUAUACCAGAACAUGAA